AUGCCCUCCAUUCGCAAUCCCUUUGCCCGUCGGCCGGGUCCAACCAUUCUUUCUCCCGACGGGAAUGCGCAUUCAGACGCCCAAAACCCCUCGGCACCUGGUUUCGAGAGGCAAGAUACAGUUGGCUCCAAAGCUUCAUCUUCGCUGAGCGUACGGAGUUCCAAGAGCCAGGACAACGGCGAGUACAAGAUGAGCGUUGUGAACGACAGCGGAGUCUAUCUUCCCCCAUCUCCAACUGAAGAAAAGGGCUUGUGGCCGCGCAAGUACCUGAAUUCCGGUCGCAACUCAACAGACACUCGCACCGACAGCGGUGAGAUUGAGCACUUCUCCAUCUCAAGAGAGUCUUUUGACUCGUACAGACGGUCAUUCGAUAUUUCAGCACGAGCCCCCAUCACCCAGUCCGAUCUUCCCACACGCCAAAGUUUAGACUCAGCCCGAUACCCCCGUCUACCUCGUUCUGCGAUUGACAGGCGAUCCGACAGAGACCUACCCACCGCUGAUGAGGGCUUCGAGGACGUCGGAUUAGAAGAUCAUAGACACCAACCCAGCCGCAAGCGCGGUCUGUUCUCGCGCUUCGGGGACUCUGACCAUAAGGAGCCCAGCGCCACAUCUCCCAACUCGAGCGUUACGCGCUUCCUGACCGGACGAAAGCGCGCUCAAAGCGGAGGCCAGGAGCUAGGCACCAUUGAGCGGCCAAAGUCAGCGGCCUCGAUCGAGACUACCGAAAUCCACUAA